AUGCGGCGUUCAUACACCUGCCACAGGUGUCUUUCGCUCAUACAAGCCUCGCGGCCGCAAUUGCGACCCUCGUCCGUACUGCGCCUCGCCCCCCAAAGUUUCUCGCAGCGAAAUCACUCCACCUGCAAAGCUCCCGCACAACCCAAGCUCUCUCUACCAAAACGAAGCAUCUCCACGACCCCGACUCGCAAUUUCCAGGGCGCCUUCGAGCCUUACGAGUAUGUCGACCCGGAAGGAAUCCAACGAAAGCUCGUCCUCACCGAGGACAACCUCUUCCACUCAUUUACACACUCGCCCAUUCCCGAAAUUCGAAAGCGCGCAGCUUUCAUGCGACAACAUGCAUACUGUCCGCAUCCAGACCACAAGCCUACAAGAGCUCCGAACAAUCCCAAUGAUCUCGAGGCGCGCAAGGAUUCUGAGUCUGGCACGCCGCCCGCUCACGUAAACUUCGAAUGUCCCGAUUGCGGAGUCCCGGUAUACUGCUGUGAGGAGCACUGGGCAGACGAUUACGAGGCACAUUUGGAGGUGUGCGAUGUCUUGCGACAGGCUAACGAGGAUGACCACGACCUGCGAAGUGGUCGAUUCUUCAAGGAGUUCCAGUUUGCAGAGCCGCAGAUCGAGGAGAUCUUGACCAACAUGAGCAGCUGGGACACAUACCUAUACACACGAGACUAUGAUGCCCUGAACAAGGACCGGGAGAUGCGCCAGGCUACGAAGCUCCUGACGUACCCAAUGACCAUCGCCAGUGUCAUCAACGAGCUGAGCCCGUACAACAUUCGAAAAGGUGGACGCAUGACGCCUGAAGGCCUCAAGAGCUUUGGCGCUCUGCGCCACACUCUCCAUCCGCCUAGAACCGGUGGAGGCGACACCUGGAAGAACGCCCGUCUCGCGCCGCCUUCAGUCCGGCUCUUCAUCCUCGGCGCACGAGCCGAAUCCUCCCUUCCGCGAGACACAUGGAUGCAACUAGCAUACCUCUUCCACCGCGUACAGUUCUCGCUCCACUUCAUUGGCCCGGAGAGCAUGGCAAACCGCGAAAACGAGUUUCCGCUUCCCGAGCGCACGCCCAUGAACCCCUUCGGCGCCGUAGUAGAAGACCGCAUCUCCAACGCUAUGAAGAUCAGCACCUUCGUAGAUUACUACCACAACAUGCACAAGACUGGCCACUUCUACCCUUACGACCCGUACUUUGACUGCUUCGUAUGCUUCCACCCGGGCUUCGGCAACCCGGCCUCGAUGCAUGAAUGGGAGGAGACAAUUCCGCUACUCUUAGAGACCAAGGUACCCAUUAUCGCUACAGCCUACUCGCCAAACGACCUGCAACAGGACGUCGAGUAUCUUGACAAACGUUAUGGCAGCGAGAUGGACGUUUUGCUUCACCCUGGCGAGAACAUCUUCAGGAGCUUGAGAUGGGAUCUCAACGAUAUGGAUCCGCAUGACGUAACGUGCAGCAACUGGGGCCUAUAUGCGUUCAGAGGAAAGCGGUACGAAGCGACGAAGAAGGAAAAGGAAGAGGAGGUACACAGCGAGCGCACUGAGUAG